CUCUCCUGCCAAAAAUGCAUCUCUCUCUCUCGCUCUUUCUAUCUCCAAAAACUCUCUACACUAUUCAUUCAUUUAAACUUGGAGAUUCCGUGGAGGAGAAAUAAAAAGCAAUCUCUCUGUUUGAUCAUAAUAAGAUUUGGGUUAUCUGUAAAUCUCCAGAAAAGAGAGGAAAAAGGGCUUUGAGUUUUUUUCUGGAAGAACUUGAGAAAGUACUAAAAGGGUUGCUUUUGGAUAUAGGCAAAGGGUUUGUUUGUUUGAAAUGAUUUGUAUGUCUGAGAUUUUCCUUGCUGAAGAAGAGAAAGUUGAAGAAGGAGAGUGGGAAAAAGAGAGAUAAAGGAUAGACACAUAAUACAUAGCCAAAAGCCAAAUUAGCAGAAGGGGGAUAUAAGAAAAAGAACAUAAAGAAUUAUUGGGAUUCAUUUCUUCUCUGCUUCUGCUGGGUUAUUGGCCAUGUCUGCUACAGUAAUCAGCGACCCAAUGGUUAUAACAGCACCAGAAACUCAACCAUCGGCAACAAAACUCAUUGCCCAGAUGGAAAUUCAAUUCGCUGAGUGCGAGUGCUGUGGACUUACUGAGGAAUGCACACCUGCUUAUAUAGAACGUGUCCGUGAGCGAUAUAUGGACCAUUGGAUUUGUGGACUUUGCGCUGAAGCCAUCAAUGAUGAGAUCAUAAGAUCUGAGAGGUUGAUCAGCACUGAAGAAGCAAUGACAAAGCACAUGAACUUCUGCAAGACAUUCAAAACCUCUAGUCCUCCACCAAAUCCGACAGUGCACUUGAUCUCUGCCAUGAGACAGAUUCUUAGACGAAGUUUGGAUUCUCCAAGAGCUUUGCGAUCAACUCCAAGUAGUCCUAAGAAAAUAGACACGGAAAUUCAUGGUCCAGGACUUACUAGAUCUGAAAGCUGUUUUCCUACUUUGACAGGUUGAUGGAAAGGUAUGGAAAUGGAGAUUAAAAAAUAAAAAAUAAAAAAGAGAGAGAGAGAGAAUGAAAGGUUAAAAGAGAGAUUGAGAAAAUCUGCAAUCUCCAAAUAAGUUCUUACAAAAAGUGGUUAAUGAUAGAUGUUUAAUGUAGUUGUAUCUAUCAAAUAUUAAAAUACAGAGCUUUUCUAUCUGAUUAAAA